AUGCCGGCUGCGCAGCUUCUCUCGGCCCUCACCUUCGUGCUGCUCCUGAUCGAAGAGAGCGGAGCCUGGUCGUACCACGCCUCCGAGAAACCCCUGACCUUCGACGACGCCAGCGCGUACUGUCAGGAGAAGUACACCCACCUGGUGGCCAUCCAGAACCAGGAGGAGAUCAAGUACCUCAACGACACGUUCCCCUACGCGCCCAGCUACUACUGGAUCGGCAUCCGGAAGGUCAAGGACCAGUGGGUCUGGAUCGGGACCCAGAAGGCGCUGACGGAGGAGGCCACGAACUGGGCCCCCGGCGAGCCGAACAACGGCCAGAGCAACGAGGACUGCGUGGAGAUCUACAUCAAGAGGGACAAGGACGUGGGCAAGUGGAACGACGAGAGGUGCAGCAAGAAGAAGCUCGCCUUGUGCUACACAGCUGCCUGUACCCCGACAUCCUGCAGCGGCCACGGCGAGUGCGUGGAGACCGUCAACAACUACACUUGCCAGUGCCACCCCGGCUUCAGCGGCCUCCGGUGUGAGCAAGCUGUGACCUGUCAGGCCCAGGAGGACCCCGAGCACGGAAGCCUGGCCUGCACCCACCCCUGGGGGGCCUUCAGCUACGACUCUUCCUGCGCCGUGAGCUGCGAGGAGGGCUACCAGCCGAGCAGCCCGGGGGCCACUCGGUGCACCGCCUCCGGGGAGUGGAGCACGCCACUCCCAGGGUGCCAUGUGGUUGAGUGCGAGCCUCUGACCGACCCUGCCCACGGGUCCGUGGAAUGCGACCAAAGCCCCGGGAGCUUCCAGUGGAACACCAGCUGUGCCUUUGACUGCGAGGAAGGAUUUGAACUGGAGGGGCCCCCGCGCCUCCAGUGCGCCUCCUCUGGACGCUGGGACGAUGAGGAGCCGACGUGUGCAGCUGUGACGUGUGACGCCAUCAGCGACCUUCAGAACGGCUCGGUGAGCUGUAGCCAUGCCCCUGCCGGAGACUUCACCUUCCAGUCGUCCUGCAGCUUCACCUGUCACGAAGGCUUCCAGUUGCAGGGGCCCGCCCAGGUCGAAUGCACCGCACGAGGGCAAUGGACGCAGCAAGCGCCGGUCUGUGCAGCGCUCCAGUGCAAAGCCUUAUCCGGACCCGAGAGCGGCUACGUGGACUGUAUUCCCAGUGCGUCUGGAAGUCUCCAAACCGGGUCCAUCUGUGAGUUCUCCUGUCAGGAAGGAUUUGUGCUGACGGGACCCACGAGGCUCCACUGUGGCCGCACAGGGGAGUGGGACGGCGAGGAGCCCACGUGUGAAGCUGUGCGAUGCCCCGCGGUCGGCGAGCCCCCCAGCGGCUGGGCGAGCUGCAGCGCCGGCCGGGCUGGACCCUUCACCUUCGGGGCCUCCUGCGCCUUCGGCUGUGGGGAAGGCUUUGAGCUGCAGGGAUCGGAUCUAAUGGACUGCACGUCCCAGGGACAGUGGACCCAGCAGGUCCCCUCCUGCCAAGCGGUACGGUGUUCCAGCCUGGAGGCUCCCGGCAAGGCGAACGUGAGCUGCGGCGGGGAGCUGGUGGUCGGUGCCGUGUGUACGUUCGCGUGCCCUGAAGGAUGGACGCUCAACGGCUCCGCGGCUCUGACGUGUGGCCCUGCGGGACACUGGUCUGGGAUGCCGCCGACCUGUGAAGCUCCCCCCGAGUCCACCGCUGCCCUGACUGUUGGCCUCUCGGCCGCCGGGACCUCCCUCCUGACCUUGACAUCGUUUCUCCUCUGGCUCGCGAAACGUCUCCGGAGGAAAGCAAAGAAAUUCGUCCCCGCCAGCAGCUGCCAGAGCCUGGAAUCGAGCGGAUCCUACCAAGUGCCUGCCGAGUCCAUUUAAGUCCUAGAGAAAUCAGGACACAGGUGCACGAAAGUCCUGGAGCGACACCCUGAGGAUGACAGAG